UCCGUCCCCCCUCCGGUGACCUGAGGCCUUUCUUGGGGUUACCCCCAGGUCCCUCUCCCUAAAUCAAAAGCCUUAGCCUCCUGUCGCCGGGGUGCCGGGCUAGUAAUAAGCAGGUCCACGCAUGCUGGACACACGGGCUCAAGCCACUCCGCGCAUCAGUCAGUACUGCAAACCGUACACAGUAGUGUACUUAAUCCAUAUAUAAACGUUACAGGUUAAGCAUCCCACAGCAAACAAAGUAGCCUUUAACAUCACGAGGAAAAAAAGAGAGAGGACAAAGAGAUGAACAACCAAUCCAGAGGGAGUGAAGAGGAGAAAAAGAAGCCUGGUUUGGGCCCGAGAGGUCCUUCUGCAGAGACAGCGUCAAUUAAGACUGUUUGGAGCUGCCGAAGGCAGAGUCCUGGGGGUAUCCCAGAGGUGACAGAACUUGAUCUGGGCCUGGAAGGGGAAGAAUUCGGGAAGGGCAACGUGGGGCAUUCCAGAAAAUGGGAAGAAAAACUGAAGCAAAUUGAAGAACGAGCAUCUCAUUAUGAGAGGAAACCAUUGUCCUCAGUGUAUAGACCAAGACUGUCCAAGCCAGAGGAACCACCCUCCAUUUGGAGACUAUUUCAUCGACAAGCUCAAGCUUUUAAUUUUGUUAAAAGCUGUAAAGAAGACGUUCACGUAUUUGCUUUGGAAUACAAAGUAGGAGAUGGACAACGUAUUUACCUUGUGACAACCUAUGCUGAAUUUUGGUUUUACUAUAAAUCCAGAAAAAAUCUCUUACACUGCUAUGAAGUUAUUCCUGAAAAUGCUGUGUGCAAGCUUUAUUUUGAUUUGGAAUUUAACAAACCUGCCAACCCAGGAGCUGAUGGGAAAAAGAUGGUUGCAUUACUCAUCGAGUAUGUGUGUAAAGCGCUUCGAGAGUUAUAUGGUGUUAAUUGCUCAGCUGAAGAUGUUUUGAACUUGGAUUCUAGCACUGAUGAGAAAUUCAGCCGGCAUUUAAUAUUUCAGCUCCAUGAUGUGGCAUUUAAAGAUAAUAUUCAUGUUGGUAAUUUUUUGAGAAAAAUUUUGCAGCCUGCUCUUGACUUGCUUGGCAGUGAAGAUGAUGAUAGCGCUUCAGAGACAACAGGCCACGGAUUUCCCCAUUUUUUGGAAGCACCUGCAAGACAAGGAUUUUCUUUCACAGAGAAGGCUACAGGGGAAAGCUGGACAUUGAAUUCAGAGAAACUGGAGAUGCUGGGGUCAGCUGAGCAAAGCAGUCCUGACCUUUCGUUUCUAGUUGUGAAGAAUAACGUGGGAGAGAAGCAUCUUUUUGUGGAUCUUGAGUCAGUUUGCCAGUUUACGCAAACAAAUCCUGCUAGAAUUUUUAUUUGGAUUGCCUCGACUCUACAGAUCAACUUGGGGAGCGUUGACAUUUUUAUAAUACUGAGUCUUCCAAUCUAUGCACAUGGAGUUUAUACAAGAAAUAGAAACUUUCGGCUAUAUAAAUCAUCAAAAAUAGGAAAGCGUGUGGCUUUGGAGGUUACUGAAGAUAACACAUUUUUUCCUAUACCGUCAAAGGAUGUUUCUGACGAAUAUCAGUAUUUUCUCUCUUCUUUGGUCAGCAAUGUCAGUUUAAAUACGAAUCUUACAGAGGUGGAGGGUUCUUCUACUGAAUACAGUCACCUUGUCUUUUGUGUAUUCCAAGUCAGUACCAGGUUCUCAGAUACUUUACGCAUUCUUACAUGUGACCCAUCUCAGAAUAAACAAAAAGGAGUUGGAUAUUUUAACAGUAUCGGCACUUCAGUAGAAACCAUUGAAGGUUUUCAGUGCUCUCCCUAUCCUGAAGUUGAUCAUUUUGUUCUUUCUUUGGUGAAUAAAGAUGGCAUUAAAGGAGGAAUUCGGCGUUGGAACUACUUUUUCCCAGAAGAAUUACUGGUUUAUGAUAUUUGUAAAUAUCGGUGGUGUGAAAACAUUGGAAGAGCCCAUAAGAGUAAUAAUAUAAUGAUUAAAAAAUUGGUUUUGCUCAUCUGGCAAAUAUAAAACAAUAUUGUGGUUUUCCUGGGAAUUUCCCUGAUUAAUGAAGUUGAGGACUGGAUAAUCAAAUUACAUCCACGCACAUCAGAAAUCUUGCCCAGUGUCAAGCUUUACUAAUGUCAGAAUACAAGGAAUGAAAAGGCACAAAUGGGGCAGAGCAAGGCCCAGGGCAUCUGCUCUUUCUGACUCACGCGGAAACCCGAGGCAGAAGUGCGCAACCCUGCGCACAGCGGAAGCGCCAAGGUUAUGACUCACCUGCACUGUAGACUCCAGCUGCACAGCUGGGUGACAUUUCCGGAAGGCGUGCCUCGCAAUGCAUCCAUUCCAGACUGACUUACCACUGCAAUUCUAAAAUCAGAAACUUCCCGCAAAGAGCAUUCUGUAGGUAAGGACUAAACGCCUAGCAUUUGGUCCAGAAGUUCCCAGAUUUUCUUGGUUCAUGGUUCCCCUGGUGUCUGUUUUUUCACGUUUUCUCUGAGGCCGAAAGAAAUACCUGAGCUCUGGUAAUGAAUUUCAAACAACUUGGUAAGUGUUUAUGUCCUAACAGUUUAGUGGCAGUUUGAAUAACAGUAUCCAUUAAACUAAAACAAACAAACAAAAAACCAAACUUUGAUUUCAUUCUUAAAUACUAUUACUUAUUAAUGGGAUGUAUACUCUCCUUUUUUUCAUGUUUUUGAGACAGGGUCUCACCCUGUCACCCAGGCUUGAGUGCAGUGGCAUGGCCCAGGCUUGAGGACAGAGUGCAAU